AGAUAUCGCGAGAUGAUAUUCAACUAGAAGUACUUCAUGUGAAAGUAAAGUGUGAAACUCCACCACCCUUUUCCUCCGUUAUUUCUGGAACAGACGCAGUGUUACAUUAUGUUCGUUGCCAAAUUAGUCUAUCAACUGUUUUGGUUUAUUUUUCUAAACUCCUAAUAGUUUUAUUGACCAGUUACAAAGAGCUUUACCUUGGAGUCAGACUGGUUUUGUUAGUGAAAUGAAGACCUUUCCGACCUCGGCGGUCUGGUGUUUUGGGAUUCUGUUCAUCAGUGUUUCAUUGAUAACGACAGGGUCGUCUGAGGUUCAGGUUGUUGGACCGGCUGACCGAGUCGUUGCCUUAGCUGGUGAUGACAUCAUUCUACCAUGUUUCCUGAAACCCAAUGUCAGUGCUAAGAACAUGACAGUGAACUGGACAAGAUUGAACGCAAAAGCAGAAAACGUCCAUCUUUACGAUGAAAGUCGAGACUCCUAUGUGGACCAGUUUCCAUCCUACAAGGGAAGGACAUCAAUGUUUCAUGAAGAACUGAAGAACGGCAACGUCUCCUUAAAGCUGAACAGAGUUAAUCUCUCUGAUGCUGGAAACUACAGCUGCCUCAUUCCAACACUGAUGAAGGAAACCACCGUUCAACUCUUUGUUGGUGCUGUAUUUCAGCCAGUGAUAUCUAUUAAUGGAACUAAAGACUGGGGGGUGGUCCUGAAGUGUGAGUCUGGAGGCUGGUUUCCUGAACCUGAGAUGGAGUUUCUGAACAGUUCUGGAACCAUCCUCCCUGCUGAUGGACCUCCAGAGAAAUACAAGGCCUCAGAGGACCUCUACGCUCUGAGACGACAUGUCACCGUGGACCAGACUGACACCAACAGGUUCACCUGUAGAGUUCAACAGCCGGAGAUCAACCACACGAAGGAGACAGAGAUUCAUGUCCCAGGUGAGGUCUUCAUUGGUUAA